AUGUGCGAGAAGAAAGAAAGUUCGCUUGGACACGACAACAGGAACCUACUCUCCCCUUUGGACAGAGGCUCUCGCUUUCCUCUCCUAGUGCACCCCAAGGGGUUCUCUUUGAAUCUUGGGGCGUCCCUCAUAACCAGUGCUCUGCAGAAGCUGCAUCAUUCUCUGGCGCCUCUGAAGCCACAGUUCGUGCCCGUUCUAAGCCGUUCUGACCCAGCUGGCGCAGCGGUGGGAUCACAGGGGCAGGGCGCAGCAGUGGGGUCACAGGGGCAGGGCGCAGCAGUGGGGUCACAGGGGCAGGGCGCAGCAGUGGGGUCACAGGGGCAGGGCGCAGCAGUGGGGUCACAGGGGCAGGGCGCAGCAGUGGGGUCACAGGGGCAGGGCGCAGCAGUGGGGUCACAGGGGCAGGGCGCAGCAGUGGGGUCACAGGGGCAGGGCGCAGCAGUGGGGUCACAGGGCCAUGGUGCAAUGGGUGCCGCACGUGAGGGUGGGUACUGGCACGGCAUGGGCAUGGCUUCACGGUUCCGCCUCGUGGACGAUACCCCCACAUCUUCCACUGCUUCUGCUGCUGCAACUACUGCUGCUACUGCUGCUGGUGCUGGCAACGGUCUGGAGCUCUCUAGUCCGCCAGGGGGCGCAUUCCUGCUCACAGCCGUCCAAUCAGGGGGCGACAAGCGGCGCUACCAGCACUUGGUACAGCUGGCGGGCACAGAGGUCGCUGCCACGUCAGCAGCAGCCGCACUGCCCAGGACCAUAUCUUUAGAUGCUGCUGGGUUUACCUGCAGCGACAAACCCAUGCUCUCAGCCUUCUUCAACUCAUCGCUCGCCCCCAGCCCCUCCUGCGCCUGCGGCUGCUCCUCCUCCAACACCAGCCAGGGCGGCGGCCAAUGCGACGCCGCCACGUCAGCAAGCACGGACCCCGCUGCGACAGUGCUAUUGGGCGAGGACCUGGCGGGGCUGGUGGUAGCGGGGCAGAGCGAGGGGGUGAGUAGAUGA